AAACCUUUCACCUUCCUCUAUGGCACAACAAUCGCACCCCAUCGCCAUUUCCUCUCUCUCGACAUCUUCCCUCUCACAACAAUCGCACCCCCAUCGCCCAGUCGUCGGCUCAAUCUUCUGAUGGCCGCCUCUACCGGCAUCGCACCGCCAUUACCCCAGGUCGCCGGCUCCACCUUCUGGCGGCCGCCUCUGCUGGCAUCGCACAUCGCCGCCUCCGUCGUCAUUCUACUUCGCCCUUCGUUGCUCCGGUUCUGUUCUUCUCCUCCUUCUUUAUUCCCUGUCUGAUUGAUGAAACGAUGACAAAGAUGGACCAGCAACAGAAUGUAGAAAGACUAGGGUUUCCAGAUCUGUGGUGAAGUUGCCGGCGGCUAGGGUGUAGGUGCUUAGUUUUCAGAUCUGGUCGACAGAGACGAUGGUGUGGCUAGGUUUUGCCUAGGCAAAGGGGGGGGG